GCUGGGGUUUGUCCGCCCGGAGCGCUCGGAAUCCCGGCAGGAAGGGGAGCCCUGCUGCGCCAGGAGGCGAUCGCUUCCCGGGAGGACGGGGGGGUCCCAGAGAGCCCGGACAAGGCGCUGGAAAAGGGGAGCAGCCAGCCCGAGCCUGGAAGGAGCUGGAGCGGGGCCGGGAGCGCGCAGGGAGAGCUCAGUCCUGGGGGAACGCGGGGAGAUUCCAGCUCCAAAGCAGGAAUCUGCCCUGGGAAGGGCAGUGAGGGGGAUUCUCAGCCCUCUCCGGGCAUGGAAAAACCACCCGAAGUGCCGAAAGCCGCCCCGGAGCGAGCGGAGGGCAGCAGGGCUGAGGUGUGCCCGUGGGAGAGCCGGGAGCAGGGAAGGAGUGUCCGAGCAGAAAUCUGCCCCUGGGACACAGAGGGGGCUCCGCCCGAGCAGGAGGGGCAGGGAUCCCCCAAAAAAGGUGUGGAACAGCCUGGGAUGGGGCUCGCAGGAAAACCCCCAGCUCCAGCCAAACCCUCAUCCCAGCGGGCUGGAACCACGGAGAGCAAAAAGGCGAACGUCUGUCCCUGGGAGGUGGAGGAUGAGCCGAGCCCAAAAACAGAGAUCUGCCCGUGGGAACAGGCAGCAGCUCCGUCGGGGAAAGAGAGAUUGAGGCAGGACACGAGUGGCACUUCCAAGGGGGAGGAAAAAGUGGGAUCCAGAGCGCCAGAAAAAGGAAAGCAGCCCCCAGCCAAAGCCCUGCCUAAAUCUCCUUCAGGGAAAUCCCAGAGCUCCGAGAAGGCUGAGAUCUGUCCCUGGGAGGUUGAAUCCAGUGACAAAGCUGAGAUCUGUCCCUGGGAAGUGGCUGAACCUCAGCUGGAGAAGGGAACAGCUCCAGGAAAGGAGAAAGUCCCAGGAAAACAAGCCACAAAAGCUCUGGAGAAGGGGAGCAGGGAGAGGGAAUCGAUCUGUCCUUGGGAGAGCCCAGACACGGAGCAGCCUCCGGCCAAAUCCAGCACCAGAAGCUCAGCAGUGCCCAAGGCAGCUCCAGAGACAUCUCAGAGCUCCGAGAAGGCAGAGAUCUGUCCCUGGGAGGUCGAAUCCAGUGACAAAGCUGAGAUCUGUCCCUGGGAGACUCAGGACUCUAAAUCCAGUGACAAAGCCGAGAUCUGUCCCUGGGAAGUGUCAGAGCCUCCCUCCCAGCAGCCAAAGCAGGUCCCUGCUGGGGGCUCCAAGGGGGACAAGCGCAUCACACGCCAGGCAGCGCUGGCCAGCCCGGAGAGAUCCCUGGACAGCAGAGACCGAGUGUCCGUCUGUCCCUGGGAGACUCAGGACUCUAAAUCCAGUGACAAAGCCGAGAUCUGUCCCUGGGAGACUCAGGACUCUAAAUCCAGUGACAAAGCCGAGAUCUGUUCCUGGGAGGUGUCUGAGCCUCAGCUGGAGAAGGGAACAGCCCCGAGAAAGGAGAAAGUCCCAGGAAAACAAGCCACAAAUGCUCUGGAGAAGGGGAGCAGAGAGAGGGAAUCGAUCUGUCCCUGGGAGAGCCCAGACACGGAGCAGCCUCCGGCCAAAUCCAGCACCAGGAGCUCAGCAGUGCCCAAGGCAGCUCCAGGGACAUCUCAGAGCUCCGAGAAGGCAGAGAUCUGUCCCUGGGAGGUUGAAUCCAGUGACAAAGCUGAGAUCUGUCCCUGGGAGACUCAGGACUCUAAAUCCAGUGACAAAGCCGAGAUCUGCCCCUGGGAGGUGGCUGAACCUCAGCUGGAGAAGGGAACAGCCCCGGGAAAGGAGAAAGUCCCAGGAAAACAAGCCACAAAUGCUCUGGAGAAGGGGAGCAGGGAGAGGGAAUCGAUCUGUCCUUGGGAGAGCCUGGACGGAGCAGCCUCUGACAAAGCUGAGAUCUGUCCCUGGGAGGUGGCUGAGCCUCAGCUGGAGAAGGGAACAGCCCCGGGAAAGGAGAAAAUCCCACUAAAAGAAGCCUCCAAAGCUCUGGAGAAGGGGAGCAGAGACCGAGUGUCCGUCUGUCCAUGGGAGAGCCCGGACACGGAGCAGCCUCCGGCCAAACCCCGCACUGGGAGCUCAGCAGUGCCCAAAGCACCUCCAGGGAAAUCCCAGAGCUCGGAGAAGGCAGAGAUCUGUCCCUGGGAGGUUGAAUCCAGUGACAAAGCUGAGAUCUGUCCUUGGGAAGCGGCUGAACCUCAGAUGGAAAAAGGAACAGCUCCGGGAAAGGAGAAAGUCCCAGGAAAACAAGUCUCUAAAGCUCUGGAGAAGGGGAGCAGAGAGAGGGAAUCGAUCUGUCCUUGGGAGACUCAGGACUCUAAAUCCAGUGACAAAGCCGAGAUCUGUCCCUGGGAGGUGGCUGAGCCUCAGCUGGAGAAGGGAACAGCUCCAGGAAAGGAGAAAAUCCCACCAAGAGGAGCCUCCAAAGCUCUGGAGAAGGGGAGCAGAGACCGAGCGUCCGUCUGUCCAUGGGAGAGCCCGGACACGGAGGAGCUCUCCCUGGAAACUGCAGCGGGGAAGGAGCCAUCCAAAAAAUCCGACAGCACGGAGAGCAGGAAAUCUGAAAUCUGUCCUUGGGAAGCAGCAGAGCCCGUGGGGUCAGAGGAGGAAAUCUCCCAGCCACGGGGAGCCCACAGGGAUUCCCCAGCAGGGAUGGGACAGGCAGGAGCCAGCGCCGUGUCUGCAACACUUGUGGAAAAUUCCAGGGGCAGAUCCCGCGGGGAAGCCGAGCACAGGCCCCUGUGCCGGCUCCUGCCCGGCGUGCAGCACCCAGGGGUGGGCAGCAGCUCCAGCCCCGGCACUGGCCUGGCCGAGGUUUGUCCUUGGGAAGCUGGAGAGGCUCCAGCGCCUGCCAGGCCCGGCUCGGACACGAGGAAAAGCUCCGAGGUGUGUCCGUGGGAGGAGGAGAGCGCGGAGCCAUCCCGGAGCUGCCCCGGCCAGGGCAGAGCUGGGGGGAGCUCCCGGGAUGGGGGUGGGGUGUGAGCGGAUCCCAGCAGCAGUGGGUCCAUCCUCCCAUGGAUCCAUCCAUCAUCCAUCCAUGGAUCCAUCCAUC